AACCCAAGCAGACCAACUUUGGGACUUUGAAUGAACAUAUUUACACCCACCUUUCUCUUCAUGUCGACUUUUCUGGAAACAUUCACACGGAUGCCAUGGUUACUCCUACCACGAUCUUACAGGUGAACAAGGUGAUGUCCAUCUUGUUUUAUGUGAUAUUUCUCACUUACCUUCGUGGCAUCCAGUCUUCCAACAUGGAUCAAAGGAGUUUGCCAGAAGAUUCGAUAAAUUCUCUUAUUAUUAAACUCAUUCAGGCAGACAUUUUAAAAAACAAGCUUUCUAAGCAGAUGGUAGACAUUAAGGAAAACUAUCAAAACACAGUGCAGAAAACAGACGCUCAGCAAGACAUAGACAGAGAGGAAAAUGUGAAAUCAGACUUCCAGCCAGUUUUCUCAGUGGAUACAGAUCUCUUGAGGCAGCAGAGACGCUACAAUUCUCCCCGAGUCCUUCUGAGUGACAACACGCCGCUGGAGCCGCCGCCCCUGUACCUCAUGGAGGAUUACAUCGGGAAUUCCGUGGUGGUGAACAGAACCUCCCGGCGGAAGAGGUAUGCAGAGCACAGGGGCCACCGGGGGGAAUACUCCGUUUGUGACAGUGAAAGCUUGUGGGUCACGGACAAAUCCUCCGCCAUCGACAUCAGGGGACACCAGGUGACUGUUCUGGGAGAAAUUAAAACGGGCAACUCUCCAGUUAAACAAUACUUUUAUGAAACGAGGUGUAAAGAGGCCAAGCCUGUAAAAAAUGGCUGCCGUGGCAUUGAUGACAAGCACUGGAACUCGCAAUGCAAGACAUCCCAAACUUAUGUCAGAGCACUGACUUCAGAAAACAACAAACUGGUGGGCUGGAGGUGGAUACGGAUAGACACCUCCUGUGUGUGUGCCUUGUCCAGGAAAAUAGGAAGAACAUAGCUCUGCAUCUCUUUGCUAUAUAAAUUAUUACUUU